GCCAAUUGGGCCAAAUUUGAGCCUGAAACCGUGCUAUGGCAGUGUCCACCGGUGCUGAGGCCACCAGGGCCCUGUCAUCGCCAAAGUGCCACUCGUUUUAUCCGUCCGUGACGCGUAAACUUGGGCAUCAUCACCGACGCGAAACUUUUCACGCGUACCGGUUGCCCUCGCCUUGAAGAAACUCGGAGCAACAGCCAUAUUACCGUGGUGUGUAUGUGGAGGAGACUCGUCACGUUUCCACUAGUACACAGCAGCCCUCUCAUUGUCGUCAACAACUACCGAAUUGGACUGAAAUCGACCGUCAUGGCUGGCAACAGAGACAUCUUUGCUAUGCUCUCGAAGAAGAGGUCAUUGGAGCCUACUCCUCCAAGGAGCGACGAGGUUCCACGCGCUGAGAAGAAGCUGAAGCCUGAUGAGACCGUGGUGGAACCACACGGAGAUCACUCGCCACCGGAAGAGGACCUUGCGUACGACUCUGAGACUGAGAAGAAGGACUUUGAGGAUGCCAGGGAAAUCCUCAAGCUGGAACAGCACAAGGCUCCGAAGAAGAUGGAAACAAAGAUGGCUGCUGCGAAGCCCAUCCCGUACGCUGCGCUGGUCGAGGUGUUUGAGCAGAUCGAGUCGACGUCCAAGAGACUGGAGAUCAUCCAAUUGACCUCUGAUUUCUUCCUAAGCGUGCUGGAGACCAACCAGGAUGAUUUGAUCCCGAUCACCUAUCUCUUCAUCAACAGGCUGGGCCCUGAUUACGAGGGACUGGAGCUGGGAUUGGGGGAAACCAUCCUGAUCAAGACGAUAGCAGAAAGCACUGGGAAAUCCACCCAACAGGUGAAGCUGAAGUACAAGGAAACCGGUGAUUUGGGAACCAUUGCGCUGCAGGCAAGAAACGUCCAGCCAACGAUGUUCAAGCCCAAACCGUUGACCGUGAACGUUGUGUUUGCCAAUUUGAAGGAGAUUGCCCUGGCAUCCGGUAACAAGUCCCAGGAGAAGAAGAUCAACAUCAUAAAGAGAAUGCUGACUGCGUCUCAAGGGUUGGAGGCCAAGUUCCUCAUCAGAACAUUGGAGUCCAAGUUGAGAAUUGGGCUGGCAGAGAAGACGGUGCUGAUAUCUCUGGCAAAGGCCCUGGUUACGCAUGAGACCAGGCUCAAAGGCAAGUCCUCCAAGAGCUUGACACCAGAGUUGUUUGUGAAGGCAGAGGAAAGGAUCAGAGAUGCCUUUUGUCAGAUCCCCAACUAUGAGAUCUUGAUCAAGACUGCGCUGGAGUACGGUGUCCUGAAUCUGGACAAGCACUGCAGCCUGAAGCCUGGUAUUCCAUUGAAGCCGAUGUUAGCCAAACCUACCAAGUCCAUUGGUGAAAUCCUCGACAGAUUCACCGGCGAGGAGUUCACCUGUGAAUACAAAUAUGACGGUGAAAGGGCUCAGGUCCACCUGCUGGACAACGGACAGGUGAAAGUGUACUCCAGAAACUCUGAGGACAUGUCCCAGAGAUAUCCGGACAUCGUUGACAGUGUCAAGGGCUUUCUCAAGACAGAUCAACACACCAAAUCGUUGAUCCUGGACUGCGAAGCAGUCGCAUGGAGCAGAGAGGACAACAAGAUCUUACCCUUCCAAGUGUUGAGCACCAGAAAGCGCAAGGAUGUCAACGCAGAUGACAUCAAAGUGCAAGUGUGCCUGUUUGCGUUCGACAUUCUAUGCUACAACGAUGAGCCAUUGAUCCAGAAGCCCUUGAGACAGAGACGUGAGGUGCUGUACAAGGUCACAACGCCUGUUGCUGGCAAAUUCCAGUACGCAACCAGCAAGACCACUUCAAACGUCGAGGAGCUGCAACAGUUCCUGGAUGAGUCCGUCAAGGCUUCAUGUGAAGGGCUAAUGGUGAAGACUCUGGACACAGACCCUUACAGACCGAGCCAACGGUCCAAUUCCUGGCUGAAGCUGAAGAAGGAUUACCUCGCUGGUGUUGGCGAUUCGCUCGACCUCGUCGUCGUUGGUGCCUACUACGGCAAGGGUAAGAGAACAGGAACGUACGGUGGGUUCCUGCUGGCGUCUUAUAACCAGGAUAACGGCGAAUAUGAGACGUGUUGUAAGAUUGGAACAGGGUUCUCGGACGACAUGUUGAAACAGCUCUACGAGAAGCUCUCCAAGACCGAGACCGAAACACCGGAUGCCUCUUACAUCUACGACACUGGUGCUGAGCCAGACGUGUGGUUCGAGCCCACCACGCUGUUUGAAGUGCUAACGGCUGAUCUAUCGCUCAGUCCCGUGUAUAAGGCCGGGGCAGACGUGUUUGGCCGUGGUGUUUCACUGAGAUUCCCAAGGUUCUUGAGAAUAAGAGAUGACAAGUCAAUUGAAGAUGCCACGUCCAGUGAGCAGGUUGUGGAGUUCUACGAAAGACAGAGUGCUGUUCAGAAUUGAUGAUUUUAGUUGGUUCAUAGCCGUUGGGCUGAAGCUCUUUGCAGUUGAUUCUCUGCUGGGG